AUUUUUUUUUAUUAUUAUUCAAUUGUUGAACCCGGAACAAACACAAGUUUCUUAUUAAGUUAUUGACAGGUGUCGUCUCAAUUUGUUUCAUGAACUUUCGUUCAGUUUGCUGCAAUAAUGAACGAAAUUUUAGUCAGAACCAAUCGGAGUUUUUAUAAUGUUGGAGAUACAGUUUACGGCCUGGUUUACCUCAACAUUGUACAUCCAACAAAUGGACGAGGUGUAAAGAUCUCUGUAAAUGGUUACAGUCAAGUAAAAUAUAGUUCAAAGUCAAAGGACAUUCCUUCAUCAGAAAUUGUACAAGAGUUACAAGCUGAAAAGAACUACAUUAAAUGUCAAGAUGUAGUUUUAUAUGUAUCAGAAGAUCCCCUCAUGAUUGACACCUACAUAUUUCCAUUUAAGGUUUUAUUGCCCCCAAAUAUACCAGGUUCUAUAACUGUGUUUGGAGAGAAUGAAGAUGCAAUAUGGUAUGCAUUUGUCGACUAUAACAUCAACGCCAUGGUUAUUGAUUGUAAAGAGGUGUAUACAACUGAAACUUUUCAAGUGAGAACAUCUCCUCCUGUUGAUUAUCCUCUUGAAGUUACUGCACAGUGCUCACAAUCAUUUCUGAGUUUCUGGAAUCAAAAUUACUCGGUAAAAGCAAGGUUUGAUGCAGCUAGUUAUGUACCUGGAGAAGAUAGUGCUAAAUUAUGUCUUCAAUAUAAUACCUCAUCAAAUAUCAAAAUUAAAGAAGUUAUAGUAAAGCUUUUGAAGUCCCUUGCAUUAUCUAGUGGUUCAGCCAACCGUAAAUCUGUUACUGAUGAAAGUUUUGAUCCUUCUCAACCCUCUUACAUUUUACCAUAUCGCACACAGGAAACUAAUGUUUGGCAAACUUGCUUAACAUAUACUAAUGAAGAAUUACCUAAUAUACCUCUUGAAAUUAAAGUACCUCUAAAAGACUUAUCACCCACCACCAGCACUGAGAUUAUUCAGUGUUUCUAUAAAGUGAAAAUACAUAUAACUCUACAGAACAAGAAAUCAAUCCAUCUUGAUGUACCUGGACCCUAUGUACUAUCUCCCAAUGAUGAAAAGUGGUGUAAUCAGAUAUGUCCAGAUUGGAUGAACAAAGGAAAAACAACGUUACCAAAUGUCUCUCUUGGAGAUAAUUUUAGGGUUUCUAGAAGACUCUUAUAUGAAGAAUAUUUUGGACUUCCAGGAUUUUUACCAUUGUGACAUUAUCACCCAUAUUUUCAUGCAAACCCUUUAUGAUACUCCAAGAAAACAGUUUUUUGUAACUGACUCCAUUUAAUGACAAGAUCUAUUUAUAUAUUUAUACAUAGAUAUUUAAAAAUUGUUUUCUUUGCUUACACAGGCAUUUCACUUUGUUAACAUGCAACAGAGUUACAAUGUCAAAUCACUUUCAGAUGGAUCUCACAUGAUUCACAUAUAUUCUUUAUGUUCUAUCAUGAAAUGUAGCAUACAUUCCUAUUAUAUAAAUAAAUAAUUCCAUUUGUUGUUGAAUCCCAGGUCAGCUUUGAGUGAGCAGACCUAGAGUGAAAAAUAUUCCAGCUCUGAUUAUCCAGUCUUUCUUUCAAAUAUAUACAUUAACUAAGUCAUUCAUAAAUUAUGCCCUCUUCUAUUCGUUUAAUGCUGACAUAUUUAUAUUCUAAUUAGUCUCCGUUGUUGUUUCUCUAAUGAGAUCAUAUAUAAAUGUUAAAUAUAUCUCAUAAGUUGUAAGGGAAUUUUUAAGGGUCAGUUGCUAUCACAAAGUUUUAUGACAUAAAAUGGAUGAGUGGCAAUUUUUUUUCAAAUUAAACCAUUAGUUUAUUGAACUUGGAGUCAAAUUUCUCUCAAAUCACACCUUACCAUCCUAAAAAUAUAAAGAUUGCAACAUGCAGUCUUAGAUAAAGUAUGUUUGAAGAAAAAAAGGGAUGCUUUUGAUCAUAAGUCUGCUGGAUCAGUACUGGCCUGGAACUAAUCAACAGUAAUAACAAUUUCACGAGUAACAUUCCCAGAAAAUCUCAUGCAUAUUUCCAACAGAAAUACUCUUUGUUCAUAAUAAUGAUUAAACAAGAAUGUGUUAUCUCUGAUGCUUGGGUUAGCAAAACCAUUACCAGUUUCUUUAAAAGCAGGGAUGACAUAGCAAAGAUAAGACAAUCAUAGACUUUUAUAAAAGAGUUUUAAAAAGUAAUAGUUGUAGAGAGAAAGUAAUUGCUAAAGUAGAUGAUAUAGCAGAUUGUUUCUAUAGGGACAGGAUGUCACAGAUGUCCUUUUUCUAGUGAAUUUUAAGAAAAAAACUACUUAGCAAAGAACAGUUUGCAUAUGCUGUAAAAUGCAUGGUACAUGCCUAUUUGACAAUAUGAGGAAGCUACGUAUGGACAAGUAGUUUUAAGGAUGUCUUGAAGUUAUAAUCAAAACCCUCACAUUACCCAGCCACAACAACAACAAGUAUAAAUUAUGAUGAUGAUAUUACUCUCUUCACAGACACCAUCUUAGAUGCUACCUUCCUUCUGCAUGACUUUGAAAAAGUGGUAGCAGAUAUUAGUAGAUAGGUCAAUACCUCAAUAUUUCUGCUACUAUCAGGAGGGAUAAAUAGGCACAAUCACACAAUACCUUGUAAAAUUUGUAGACUCCUUUGUACACAGGAAAUAACAUCACAUCAACAGCUAAACGGGUAAAAAAAAAAAUGUCUUCUGAAAGCAUGGGCUAUUUUUGAUUUUAGUGUAUAUAUAUAUUAACUCUCAUGUAUUGCUUUAAUUUUGUUUAAAAUCUCAUCUUCUAAUGUUUACUUUCAUUUUAUGAUAGCUAUAAGAUACAACUGUUUUCUGAUUGGGUAAACAUGACCGAACUUUAAACGUCUGUAAUAUUUUUCUAUAAUUUUUCUGCAAUAAAUGAAUCACAAACUCAAGUUCAACAUGAAAAACUA